AUCACAUGGCUUUGUUGCAGGACGCUAACUAAAUCAGCUGACUGUUUCGCGCGGAACUCGAUUCGCGGGAAGCUAGCUAUCCUACCGAUACAUUUAAUUUACGUAGGCUACACGUACACACAUUGCUUUUUAUUUGACUCCACUACUAACUCCAUAUCCAAGCUGAAUCGAAGCUGCCAAACGCUGGGUCUUUUGCUCUUCUAAUAAACUAAGCUUCCACCAUACCAUCAUGCCUGUUGAAACUCGAAGAGGCCGCCAAUCCACUCUGGCAUUCCCUUCAAGAAAGACCCAAACACCAAGCAGGACUCUACUUACUCUUAAAGGGGAAGAGAAGAACCUUGCUGGACUAAAGAAAGACCACUGCAGAAGUAAAAGUCUUUCUUCGCUUUCUUCAAGAUUAAUACCUGUGAAUAGGGAACCAAGCUUUACAUCAUUAGCAGGUAGACUGGAUGGAAUUCUCUCACCUAGAAAGAGGAUUGUAGCUGCUAAGGAAUCCCCUGUAGGGAGUAUCAGGUCACCGUCAAAGUCUCCCAGGAAAAGAUCACAUACAGAACAUUACAAUGAUGAAAACCAGCAUCCAGAGCCGUGCAGUCCAACAAAAGUCAAGAGAUCUAUACUAGAUGAUUUAUCUUCUCCAACGAAGUCACCUUCAAAAAGACCAGAAUCCUUUGUGACCCCUGCCAGGAAACUCACCAUCACUAGACCAGAUGAUGAAUGUUACAGCUCAGCAAAGAAAGCACUUCACACAUCCCUCCCCGAGCGUCUCCUAUGCCGAGAGAAAGAGACUCAAACCAUUCAAUCAUUCCUCAAGAAUCAUCUAGAGGCCAGGAAACCAGGAAGUCUUUAUAUCUCUGGUGCUCCUGGAACCGGGAAGACAGCUUGCCUCAAACAGAUCUUACAACAACAAAAGAGUUCCAGAAGAAACACUCAGCAUAUAUUUGUGAACUGCAUGCUGGUCAGACAGAGUCAAGGAAUAUAUAACACAGUCUUGAAAGAAGUAAAACAGGAUGUAUCAACAGACAAGCUAUCUGCCAAGAUGGCCGCCAAGGCUCUUCAGAAGGCAUUCGCAUCAAAUGGACCCACUGUAUUGUUGGUGUUGGAUGAGAUAGAUCACUUAGACUCCAAAGGCCAGGAGGUUCUUUACACCAUGUUUGAGUGGCCAAGUCUUCCCAAGUCUAGAUUGGUGCUCGUAGGUGUGGCCAAUUCACUGGAUCUCACUGAUAGAAUCCUACCUAGGCUACAAUCCAGACCCAAAUGUAGACCAGAGCUACUUCACUUUGCUCCUUACACCAGGACUCAGAUCUCAACCAUCUUACAGGACAGACUCAAAGAGAGCACUGUUGAUGGGACUGCUGUAGUUGAUCCCAUGGCUGUUCAGCUGUGUGCAAGGAAAGUAGCAGCAGUAGCAGGAGACGUCAGGAAAGCCCUCGAUGUUUGCAGGAGAGCAGUUGAGAUUGUUCAAGCAGACGUCAGAAGGCAGUCAGUAUUGAAACCAUCAGGAGGUUCCCCAAGGAAGGCCCUACUAUCACCCAUCAAAUCCUCUCCCAGGAAAUCACCCAAGAAAGGUUCUCCGUCCAAACCCCUGAAGAAGGUCUCCCUCCUCCAGGUAUCCAACGUUAUCAAUGAGGUCUACGGGUCAGGGGUCAUGACCUCAGCAGGGGGCAAAGGUCAAAGCUUUCCAAUGCAACAGAAGCUGGUCAUUUGUACAGUUCUUCUGAUGGUCAAAGAAGGCAAGAGUCGAGAGGUCACUUUGGGAAAGGUCCAUGACACAUACUGCAAGAUCUGUGCUAGUCGUAAGGUUGCACCCGUUGACCAAUCAGAGUUCCUGUCUCUAUGCCAGCUGAUCGAGACGAGAGGGGUCCUUGCUCUCAAGAAAUCCAAGGAUGCAAGACAGAUUAAAAUGUGCAUGAAGAUGAAUGAGAAAGAGGUUGAAUUUGCUCUUCAAGAUAAGACCCUAAUGUCAGCCAUCUUGGAAGCUGGAUUGCCUAGCAACAAGGACAAGAAGGGCAAGAAAUUAUGAUGUCAAGCUUAAAACUCCUGAUGAUUAUAGAUAAUACACAUUAAGUGCUAUCUGCGAUUUUGUUAAUUUAUUUUUAUUUUUUAAUUCCAUUGUCAUUGUAUUCUUUAUAUUUUUAUAAUUUUUAGCUAUAUAUUAUUUUAAAUAGAAUUGCACAGGAUUUUGUAGAUAGAACAAUAUUAAAAUAGUGAAUGGAGUUCAGUCAUCAUUGUACCAUUGAACCCAGGCUUAAUGUUGGUGAAAUAAAUGAACCAGAAAACUCAUGGGCCCGUUGCAUAAGACUUACCAUUGGUGGUAACUUUGCCAUUAAUGGUAAAUUCCAUGGAAACCUUGAUUUGAUUGCCAGUUGAGUGAUGUUGCCACGGUAGUUAAUAUUGAUGGCAAAGUUACCAUCAGAGAAUUUUUUUCUACAAUGGGGCCAUGGUUAUCCCUUCUCAUGUGUUCAUAAAAUUUUGUUCCCUUAUGCAUAUUUUAUAAUAUUGUAAGUGAAAAUAUAUUGUGCAAAUACAUUUUUAAAUGGUUUAACAUGUUUGUUUUAUACUUCCAUUUUUUAAUUGAGGUAGAAAAAAAUAGCCAUGAUUAUGUACCCCUUAUGUCACAUUCCCAAUUUGUAGCACCUCAUAUCGCAUUUACUGAUUUAUGUAUUGAAAUUUAAGCCCUCCCCCUCCCCAAAUAAGAGAAUGAUAAUAAUAUAGAAUAAUCAAUUCCUAUCUUAUUCGGCCUAAAAAUAUUUUUCUCUGAAAGUUUAACUGACCCAUUUCUUGACAGCAAAACAAAAUCGCUUUUACAGUGCUUUACCCAGAGGUGAAAAGCAGCUGUUGUCUGUGCUAGUAAUAUAUGUGCACAUUUGUAUAAAAUUGGUUUAAUGUAACUUAGUUUCACUUCAAGGAACCUCGAGGAAUCCCUGAUGUAGAGAAGGUUCAAGUGUUUCUCAUGAUCUAUUAGAUACUGUAACAAUGGUUUUAUUACACAUGCAAUUAAUGAUCAGGGCAUGAAGUGCUCUUGGUCACAGUUUUAGACUUUAAUCAAUUGAGAGGAUCCUUGUUAUAACAACUGCUCUAGGAAAUGAAUUUUAUGUUUUUAUUUUGAAUUGUUUUUUAUAUGAGGGUCAAACAAAAAUAAUAAUUGAAAUUAAAAAAAAUUGAAAUAAAAAAAUGUGGGACAGGAAAAUUACUUUGUUAUAUUUAAAAGUUGUUAUAUCAGUACUCUUAGCUAUGAGGUUCUACUCUAUGAUUCCUCUUCUUGGGUUGUUGGGGAUUCUGAAUGUGAAAGAUUUCUGAUUGUCAAAAUAUUUUGUUCUUCCUCAAACUAACAUUGUUCAUUUUUUUUUUAAAUACUAAUGUACCAAGUGGAUACCUAGCAAUAGACAAUGGUGAUGUAAUUAUAUAUUUAUUCUAGUAGGAGUGUCAGUUCCUAUCCAUCUAUCUAUCAAGGUAUUUUGUCCCAGCUUGGCAAUAAUAGUUUUAAUUGUUUGUAUUGAAUUGGUAGACCUAGCACAGUAAAAUACAAGUGUUGCAAUAAUAACAUACAUGGUUAGCAUGGUCAAAUCUUAAAAUCCAUUUUGAACUGAUAUAACAAUGAUUACACUGCAGAAGAAGUAGAUCUGAUGUCUUCAAAAUUGUCGAAAAAUCUAAGAUGGAAUGAGGUAUUUCAACAUGUUUUGUAGUGGAAAUGACUGAUAUGUGAAUGGAAAUGAUUGCAAUAAUAGCAUGUUUUUAUCCCUGGAUUAAGAAGUUUGAUUUAGAAGUCUUCAGAAUGGUUCUAGUGAAAUAUCAUUUUGGAAGUCUCUGGUAAUUCUAUGAAUUUGUAUGAUUAAUUAUUGUGAUGAAUUUGAUACUUCCCUACCACACUACCAGCAUUUGGAACAUGUAUUUAGGGACUGGGUGGGGACUUCUAAACAUUUACCUUCAGUGCGUAUAUAACAAUUUAGUGUGGAGAUUUAGAUGAUUUUAGUUAAUUUCAGAGGCUCAAAGGAGUCCCUUUUAAAAUUCAAAUACGAGGUGAUUAUGAAGGUUACCAUCUAAGAGAUGUACCAAAAUGUAAUGGCAUGUACCCAACAGUAUUCCUACACAUCAAAUGUAUUUUUUUCUCACCUUUAAUUUUUAACAUUUGAGUAAUUACUGUAUUUUUAUCUGAUUUUACAGCAAUUUGCCAUGCAUCAUUAUAUGAAUUGUAAUUUUGGAUGUUAUUUUGAUACCUUUUUAAGUAAUUAACAAGUUUUAAUAUGAAUUUUUAUAUGUCAACAUGUUUUGUAAAUAAUUGGUCUUUUACUGACCUGGAUUGUUGCCUUUUGUGUGAAAUAAAACUGUUGGGCAAUUCUAAUAGUUUGGAAUUUGUAUUCAGUGUCAUAUACAUUAAAAUUAAGAAACUGAAAAAAA